UCUCUCUCUCUCUCUCUGUCUCAGACAGGCAGUGUGUGUGUGUGUGUGUGUGUGUGUGUGCACACGCAGCAGUAGAUAGAGGAAGUGUUAUUCGGCGUGUCACUCUCUCUCUGUCUCAGUCUACUUCAUGUGCAUGGCGAUGUAGCACAUACUCUACAAACCAGAGCUCUACCCUGUCUUUGGACUGUGUGUGUGUGUGUGUGUGUGUGUGUGUGUGUGUGUUUGGCUUACUGGAAGAAAAAGUUUAGCUACGUGGAAAACCAAAUGUCUAAGUCAGCUUGUGUGUGUGUGUAUUGCGACCACCGGCAGUGACAUCACCAUGCUCACAUGAUGACAUCGUGGAUAAACGUUAGCGACUGUGGCGGUAUGGACUCAGCAGAAAUCGUGGCUCUUGAUUCGGAAAUCUACCGAAGCCUACAGGCCAUACUGAGAGAGCUGGACACCUCGCAACCUGUGUGCAAUAAAGGAAUGCUGAGAUGGACUUUGCAUAAGAAGGUACAGUGUGAUCCUCAGAGGAGCCUCGCUUUGGUCCGAGUGACUGUCAAGGAGCUGGAGAGGGCUGAGAGAGUGGACCUGAAGAUACACAUCAUUCCGCUGUUACACACACUGAUGUACGCCGUCAUACAGACGGUGUACAUCCCUGACGAUCUGUAUAAACGGCUUUAUGAGUCGUGUAAGAGGAUGCUGACUCUGCCGGAGCCGUUCUGUACUGUAGGACUCACUUACACUAGACAACUAAAGACAGAGAGAAACGCACCAGGACUGCUAUAUCUAAGGAAGCUUAUAGCUGAACACAGUCUAAGGAAUGAAAAUGAUGCUUUACAGGAGCGUGUGUUUGUGUUUGCAGACCCAGCAGUGAUCUCAGAGUCCCUGUGCUCGGUGUUAAAGGACGAUCUGGAGGCCGAGGGUCAGACGGAGACGCAGCUCAGCUACAUGCGUCAUGUGAUACAGCGCCUCCUACAGGCCACGCUGGGAGAGGAGAACUGCCACGGACCGACGCUUACACGCGCCCUGGAGGAGCUGCAGCAGGAUGUAGAAAGUUAUUUUAACGAGGUUUUAGAGUGUGUUGAUCAAAAUGAACAAAACGAUCUGACGCAGCGACUCCAACAACUCUACACACAGCUGCUGCUGAGCACCGGCAACGAUCCAUUGUCUCACGGCUCUCUGGCUGAUGUUUCGCUUCCCAAUCCGGAUAUGAGCUUCCACGUGUGGUGGGAAGAGGAAGAGCUCUGGAGAGAACUGGCCAAGUUCUUGCGUAACAGCUCGACCGAGAGCCUCUCCAUGGAGGACUUCGACAUGUCCGACUUUUCCCCCUACAUGGACUCGGACAUGCCGCGCCACUCCAUCCUCUCCACGGACAGCGGCAUCGAGCGCGACAUGACGCAGGGCUCGGACUCGGAGCCCAAGUCCACGUGGCGUCUGUUGAGGCGCGGCGGGAUGAAGGUCAAGCCCACGGUGACGGACAGCAUGGCGUUCCUCCAGGACGCUCUAGUCAGCGAGAGCGCGUUCCUCAAACAGCAGCAACGUCCGAGGAACAUCACAGCGAACAUCGUAGUGAUGGGGGACGACCGCGUACUCGGGAGACUCGCCAGGGCCUACUACACACUCAGGAAACGAGAAGCUCGGAGACUGUUUCUGACCCUGAAAGUGAACAUUAAAAUGUUUUACAUCCCCGUGACCUCAGAGCAUCUCUCCUCUCCCACCACGGAGAGUGUGUGUCUGUUGGACUCUAACCCAUGUGUGCUGGGUUCGUAUCUGGGGAAGGUCGACCCGUGGUACGAGUGUAACAUCGCCAGCCUGGGUCACAUGAUCCCCAAACUCGCCUCCAUGUGUGACUCCAGCAGGCCACACGAGCCCAACCCUUUUCUAUCCGACGUCAUUUCCUACUACGUGCGUAUGGGACAGCAGCCGGUUCACUUCACCAUUUACUACGUCAAGAUUGCAUUCUGUAGUCAGACUAAAGAAUCAGUGGAGGACGUCUUCUUGUCUCACACCAGUAUCAAGUUCCCUGAGUUUACACAGCGUCACACCACCGGCAGAGAAAUGACAAUCCGACACAAGAAGCAGUCUGCAGAAGUGUGUGGCGCUCUGGUCUCCUUAAACUACAGGAAGGUGUCACUGAGCAACAGAGAGGCAGAGAGAACUGUUGCAUUUCGGACGACAAGAAUUCAGAUUUCAGCCGUAACUCCCAACAAAUACCAAGACACGAACUUUCUCACUGUGGAUGCGUCUGACAUGAAGUCCAAAGGUGUCUCGGUUCCCAAGAUCCAGACGUGCAGCAUGAAGCUACAGACGUCUGAGAGCGCGGGAUUCACGCUGUGUCUGGAUAAAGACUCACGCAGAACCUAUCAUGGAGUUCAAAGUGUGGAGAUAGAGCCGUGUAAAGAUCCCGGGUAUUACGUUCAAAAGUCCAUGAGGUCAAAGUUCAUGACAGAAGAGGACAGCAACUCAGGGCUGAGCAAGUUUAUGAGUCGAGGACUUCCUCUUUCGAUCAACACCUUCUCGGGCAUCAUUUCCUGACACGCGAACAGAGAAGGAAGCAGAAUCUCACCCCGUGGAUGCUGAACUAACCGCUAACUGCUAACUAAUUGUGACCCUCGUAUUGCGUGGUUAUAUUUAACAUUCUGUUCACGUCACGCAUGAUAAGACCGUCACUCACUUCCAUGCUGCUAAACACAGACACACACCGAAUCGUUUCCUCUCAGUGUGUUUAACGAAGAAAAAAAUCCAGACAGUCGAGAGGUGCGUUUAAAAACCGCAACUAUUAAAAUACCUUCCUCUUCCCUUCUCAGAACUCAUUUCCGGACAAAUCAGGCAGAAAGAGCAGGUUGAGAAGACGUUUAGCCACCCGCUAAUUAGCGCUGCUUAGCGAUGUGCUAACACACUCAUUCUGUAGUCGUAUAGAGUGUUAACAGAAACUGAACAAACACUUGUUGCUGUUUUAUUUGUUUAAAUAAAAGAAUAACACAACAUGUUUACACACACACACACACACACACACACAGCUAAAAUGGUCUCAUGCGAAUUUAUAAACAGCGAGCAGUUUCAUUCUGACAGUCACAUCACGUCACGUAAAACUGUGUAUAAGAUUAAAUACAGUAACGUGACUAGCCGUGAUUACGCCAAGCGCUCGCCUGUGGAUCUGCACAAUGGUAGUCAGCUUGCUACAUAGCUAUGGUAAUGCUGUCAAGUUUUAAAUACAAUGAGGUAUUAAAUUAGCUAGAGUGCUAAACUGUUAGCUUAAGUGGUGACUGUGUAACGAUUAGCGAUUUCAUUAGCAUUGAGUUUUAUCUCCAACACUAACGCAGUGUGACAGUCGGCUAAUUCGCUGAAAUGUUGGCUUGCUAAAUUGAACAGAUGCUAACUACCGCGGUGUGUUUGCUAACUUUCCAGUGUGCUAUAUAAUGACUUUUACUUAGCUCGAACAAUAAACAGCUGGCAGUGUCAAGAAUCAGAGCAAGAAAACACAUUUUAAUAUUUUUAGAAGUAUUGGCACUGCUGAGUAUUUUAUACAAGGACUGUAACCCUUCGGAGAAGGAAAGCAUUCUGGGUAAUUUCCUGUCAUCUGCAGUUAGUGGUCAGGAUGAUACGCGGCUAAAUAUUAGACACGCAGUUGAAGGAGGCACGUAAAGCAUGAAGGCACAUUUUAGUAGAAGAUAAUAGAAGUUGAAGAACAAGAACAAAUCGUUUAUAUACGGGUGUUACACUAGUGUAGGGGAUUCUAACUCGAACGUUUAAUUUUGAAAUCAUGACAGAUUUGACGUGAUUGUCGAGCACACUAGUUUACCUGUACACUCUGUGAUCGCUGGCUUGUGAAUAUUUGAAUAUCUGUAUGAUAAUUGAUUUGGCUUUUAUUUCCCUACGUCCCCUGGAGUGCUGAUUUCAUUUUAACAUUUGUAAUGAAGCUUUCUGUAAAAAUGUAUGUAUAUGGAUAUUGUGAAUUAUGAAUUAUAAAUAACAUUUUAAUUUUUUCACUUAUGAUUUAUAAAAAAUAUACAGU